AAUUACCACAUUCUAGCAGUUUUUUUUGUCUUUUUCACUUCACUAAAACAGAAAGAAUGUGAUAGUCAAUCUCUUGCUUCUAGCUUGUGUAUAGAAUUGUUUCCGACCUUUCCUUUGCAAAGUAUUCAAGGAAUAGAAAGUCAUGAGACAGACCCUGGAAACAACAAUAAUCUCCCAACAAGGGCUAAAGCUAAUUUUCUGCCUUAUGGUAUUGAUUUUAAUAAUACACCAACUGGCCGUUUCACCAAUGGCAUGACAAUUGCAGAUUGUGUUGCUACGCUUCUUGGUUUACCUUUUCCCCUAGCUUAUAUGAAUCUUUCAGAGACAGAGAGGAGUAAGAUAUCAACUGGAUUGAAUUAUGGUUCCUCUUGUGGUAUUCUGCCAGAAACUGGAUCUUCUGAGGGAUCCUGCUUGACAUUAGACAAGCAAAUAGAUCUUUUCAAAAGUACCACAAACAAUGAUAUGCUAAGGGAGAACCUUGAAAUGCAUCUGUCCAAGUCGAUCUUCUUCAUCUCAAUUGGUCCUAAUGACUACUUCCUGAAUUAUUUUAAGAAUUCAAGUGAUAUAAGCAAGCUUUUCUCACCAGAUGAGUUUGCCAAAUUCCUUAUAAAUGAGCUUGCCAAACGCUUGCAGAUACUGUAUGAGUUAGGCGCCAGGAAAUUUUUGUUGAAUGGCAUUGGACCCUUAGGAUGCACCCCUGGAAUGAUCAACUCAACUCAACAUGAGGGAGAAUGUGUUGAAUUCAUCAACAAGGUUGUGAACCUCUACAAUGUGGAAUUAUCAACAAAGCUGCUAUAUUUGCAAUCCCAACUUCCUGGUUCUUUAUUCACCCACUCGGAUAACUUCCAGCAUUUCCAAGAUAUGAAAGAAAGCCACGAAACAUACGGGAUAACAAAUAUAAAUAGCACUCGCUGGAUUCCAAACCAGGCUCUAUGUCUGGCGAGAGACAAGUAUCUGUUCUUUGAUGCAUUCCAUACAAGUGGGGGUGCUAAUAUGAUCUAUGCAAGGCGUUGCUUCAACGAGACGUCAAUAUGCAUUCCUCUGAAUAUUAUGCAGCUUGCAUCAGCCUAAGCAUUUAAUAUAUUUAUUUUUAAUAAUAAUUUUCUUACCGAGUUACAUGAUGUGAUUCAAUUUUAUAAUAUUUAUAUAAUUAUAAAUUUAUAUAGAUUUUAGGUUAAA